GGCGGCAGUAGAAGCAACUUUAGAGGUGCUUAUCGCGGUGGAGGAAAAUUCAGAGCAGGCAGAGUGUGGGAUGGCGGUUACGACAAUGACCGGAGUGCACGGCUGCCAGAGGGUCACUGGCGUGGAGACAACAGGCGGGGAUCUGGACGAACUUUCCGUAAUCCACGAGCAUCACGCCACCAAGACGAUGAUGUUGAGAUGGGGAACAACAGAGAAAGAAAUAGGAGACAGGAUAUGUACAAAAGCCGAGGAGGACGUCGAGGGAAGGACUUCAGGAACAACCGAGGCACCCAGAACUUUGGCACAAACAAUCUUGGCUGGCAUAAGAUACUUAUACGAGACGGAAGUAGCCUAGACAAACGUGAAGUUCUUGAAUCUAUACGCAGUCUGGUACAGGAGCAGUUUACACCCAUGUUGUUUGAGCCUGAGGGGAAGAACCUUGUCUUUUAUUUAGAGGAUAACGGGCGAGCUGCUCAAGCCAUCGUUGAGAUAAACAGGAGACUGACUAUGCCAAAUGGUCAGCGGCUCAUCAUAUGGGGUAACAGAUGUUCUCCUCCAAAUAGAAAGAUCCCCGAAAAUCAGCAUGAUAGAUUGAAACGCAUUAUGAGUGACCGGUACUCACCAGAACUAAAGCGACUCGACCUCAAGAACUUCCACAAUGAUGCGAACCUGGUGAAAGAAGGUAUUUUCUGCCCCUUGUAUCGCCAACCAAAUAUGCAGUUAGUGGUCGACAUUAUUGUUGGCUACAUUCCUCUCGUUGAAGAAAUUGACCUCAGCUACAACAAGAUCCACUGCUUCGAUGAGUUAGCGCGCAUUGUCACCACCUGCCCAAAUCUCCAGAAACUAGACCUAGGAAAAAAUAAGAUCCUGAAUAUAGACUCCCUGGACAAGCUGGCUGGCCUUAGCAUCACAGAACUGACUCUGGAAAGCAACCCUCUGUGUGACAAGUUUAGGGACACAGAGACGUACAUCAGUGCUGUGAGGAAACUCUUCACCAAAGUCAUAUGUUUGGACGGCCAGCAACUUCCUAAGGCAAUUGGGUUUGAGGUAGAAGAAGACGUCAGCAAGAUGCCAGACAUCCAGCGCGCCUACAUCCAGGAUGCCAACGUCAAGGAUCUCGUGUUGCAGUUCAUUCAGCAGUAUUACCGGAUAUUUGACACAGACAACAGAAGACCGCUAGAGGCUGCGUACUCAGAGAACGCCACCUUCUCUUUCUCCUGCAACUUCCCCGAGACAGGUCCUGGUGCUCGGUACACAAACAUCUAUCUGACCGAUAAUAGGAAUUUGAAAAAGUUAACGCCUUCUGACCGGCGACAUAAGCUGGUGUAUCAAGGACGCAGCAUAAUACUGAACUACCUCUGCCGUCUGCCGUACACUGUUCACGACCCUCUGUCCUUCUGUGUGGAUGUUCCCGUAGCAGAUCCUAAGCUGAUAGUUGUGAUACUCAGCGGAGUGUUCCGUCAGUUGGCCGACCGAAAUCCGCCCAUUCGCUCAUUCACACGCAACAUAAUAAUCAUUCCUGAAGGAUCUGGUUUCUGUAUCUGUAAUGAACAGCUGUACAUCACCACAGCCACUAUUGAUCAAGUUAAGAAAGCAUUCAAAACUCCAGUGGUGAGUACAGCACAGUCAAGUGAGCCAGACACUUCUAUACCAAGUACCAGUACAGUGCCAGAGCAGAGUCAGCCACCUUCAGUUCCACAGAGUGCACCUGAUCCUGGGCAGCAACAAGCCAUGGUUGUCAAGUUCUCUACAGAGUCAGGGAUGUUGCCUCAGUUUUCACAACUAUGCUUGGAGCAGAAUGGUUGGGACUUCAACAAGGCAGCGGUGAUGUUCUCACAGUUAAAGAUGGAGAACAAGAUUCCUCCUGAGUAUUUUGCACAAAGUGUUUCCUAAGUUCUCAUAAAAGUUAAUGGUUAUUAAUUAUUGGGGCAGCUGUGAAGGUGAAAACUGAACUGCUGAAGUCCUCACAGAUUAGGACAUUAAACAUUUGAAGCAUGAUUAUGCACCAAAGACUUAUGGAAAUUUAAAUUAAUUUUUAGUUGAAUGAAGUAACUCUUCAGUCUCACAUUAUUGUUAGUUUACAGUCACGGAUGACUUCUUUUAGAUUAUGUAAAGUACUGUAGUAUGUGCCUAGGAUUGGAGGCCAACACAGUAUAUACCGUACCAUUAAGACACUGACUUAUAAACUUGUACUGUACAGUUUUCUCGCAAAGUAAAACUGUUAAUUGUUUUUAUCAAAGGACCCAAAGACGUAACCUGUUUGAUGACAAGGCCAAGAACAAUUUUGACAGUGUAAAUGUUAACAAAUUACCCGGUAAAUGGAAAUGCUAAUAUUGCCUUAGAGAACUAAAGUGUCAAACCUAAUUGUGAGAAAGAUCAAGAAAAGUUAUUCCUGUCAAAACCAGUGAAGCAAUAAUGGAGAAAUUUGCCUUAAAAGUUCAAACUAUAAAAGGAACUUAGAAACGUCUUUCCUUUGUUUUUUUUUUGUUUUUACGGGUUUAAUUUUUUUUCUGCAAUAUUUACAAUCCCAACAGGAAGAUGAAACAUAAUUUGACUGGUUAUGUAAAGUUUAGCUACAUGAGAAUGCCUUACCUUAGAGCUUAUAUUUUGGGGUUUAUGUUUUAUUUAUUGUAACAUUUCUUUGUGUUAUGUUAAUAAUGCACCAGAGUCAUAAAAACAAAUCGAACCUCAUACAAGAAUGAAUGAUUAUUUUGGGGUAUACUGAGGUCUGUGUUGUGUCAGGGUUUUAUCUUUAUAACAGUGUUUCUCAGGUGAUGGUAGAUCACUCGUAUGUUUUGUAUUGUGUAAAAUGUUUUCAUUUAUAUAUUUGGUGAAUGUUUAGAUAAAAUCAGUGUAAAUAUAUGUAGUAAUAAGUGCUUUUGGCCACUACCUUUAAAGGGAUAAAUGAAGAAUAUUUGGGCAAGACAUAAAUCCUGUAAAAUAUAUUAUAAAAUAUCAUUAUUUUGAUACCUGUUAUAACAAAUAGUAUAGGAGUUUCUGAUGUGUGCAGACUGUUCCAACUUUUGUCUUUAAUUAGUCCACUGAUGGGGAAAAGAAAGGUAAAUGUGUAUGUAUAUAUAUAUAGUAAGAAAUUGUAUAUAUCAAAAUUAAAAGUGAACAAGGUACAAAAAAACUUUGUGUUUUUACAGUUAGGUUCCCCAAGUAGGGACGCUACAACGGUUGUCAUGUUUAUUUAUUCUUCUCCUGACUUACAUUUGUGGAUAUUUGUUCGUAAGGUGUCAGUGAAUGAGAUUAUACACAAACUAUGAGCUGUAGCAUUACUGUCGUACUAAGUGGGUUGUGUUCUGUGUUCCUGGUACAGUAGAUGAAUAUUUGUAUUAUUUUCUUUUGUUAGUCAUUGCUCAUUAAUUUGCUUCAUACUCUGAAUGCAAGUGCUGCUGUGUAAUCUAGUGACAAACUUUUGACCUUAAGGUUUAUAGGUUUUUUUUAUAAAUGACUUCUGAUAUAUUAUUAUAGUGUAUGGUAUAUAUGGCUGUGAGCUGCAUCAAGGACAGCUAUAAAAAAAUUUAAUGAGAUAUAGUUCAUCUUCUAUUGUCAAUCAAAAUUUACUUCUCAUUCAUACAAGUGCAGUAGAGUGAACUCAUCUGUGUUACCGGUGCUGUACUGCUCAGAGUACAGUACUGUGUGUGUUUCUGCAUACCAUUAAUUUAGUUUUGUUUAUUGAAUAUUACAUGUUACUCUAAAUUACAGCUUCUGGAUUUUGUACAAGCACCUGAUCGUGUGUGUGUGUGUAGAUAAUUAUCAACUAGGGAAACAUCUUGUCAAAAUGGGAAUAUAUAGUGAGAGAUUAUGUAUGACUGGUAUUCCUGAUAUUACCUCGAGAGAAUUUUACAUUGAUAGAUCUUGUGCAUUGGUUAUACAGUAUACAGUACAGCGAGUGUUUGGUCGUCAUGUACUGAAGUAACACACAGAAACAUAAACACUGUCUCUCGAGUGUAGAAAUAAUAUGUUUUAAGAAUUUUCAUAGGCGACUAAAGCUCAUAUACCUGUGGGUUUUUUUUUUUUUAUAAUACAAACUUUCCAACAUUAAAGCUUCAUUAUUUUA